GAGAUACUCUCGUGCAGUCGGCCAAACUGCACUUUCAGCGCUUUUUAUCUGCCGAAGCUGUAAAUAUCCGCGAGAUUUACAACGCCAGCGAGCGACUCGAGUAUCGGAAUCGCUUGGCGGACUCAAACUCAGACUCGGAAUCGGAUUUGGUGUCGUUUUUGUACUCGUACUCGAAAUCGCCAUCGGUAUCGCCUUUUAGCACAACGCAUCAUCAUUCGGCCUGCGAUUCGCCAUUGCAGAUACUGUAUCUGCGGGCCACUGCAGCCGCGCGAAUUCAAGAGGCAAAAGCCAAAAGCCAAAAUCCAAAAUCCAGAUAUACAUAUACAGUACUCGGUACCGCCAGUCGUGCUCCACUUGUGCCCAUUGUUGCUCUGCUGUCACCGUAACUCACAAUUGAAUUGUUCCUUUGUUCUGUUUCGGUUUCUGUUUCUGUUUCCGUUUCUGUAGCGGCUUAAAAAAGAGACCCGCUCCCGAAUUUCGCAUAAUUGGCUGGCCGCCGCUGGCUUUCAAGUUGGCCGCCAGACCAAGUGUCGCCGUGGAAAAGAUACAGAUACUUGCACUGGCACCACGGACAUAGAUACAGAUACUGACUGGCAGUCAAGCGCGGAAAAGUGAGAUAGAUACCAUGCUGGUGCCGCCGGACAUGAUGGCCGCCCAGACGCGCAUGGUCUACCAGAUGAACCGAUUCUGCGCGGAGCGAGUCCAGGCCAGGAUGUUCAAGACGGCCACCGCCAUCCGCGAGAUCUGCAAGAUCGUCCAGGACAUCCUCAAGGAGGUGGAGCUGCAGGAGCCGCGCUUCAUCUCCAGCCUCGUCGAGUGCAAUGGCAGAUUCGAGGGCGUGGAGGUCAUAUCGCCGAAUGAGUUCGAGAUAGUUCUCUAUCUAAAUCAGAUGGGCGUCUUCAACUUUGUGGACGAUGGCACCCUGCCAGGAUGUGCUGUGCUGAAGCUGAGCGAUGGCCGGAAGCGGUCCAUGUCCCUGUGGGUGGAGUUCAUCACGGCCAGCGGCUACUUGUCAUCUCGGAAGAUCCGGGCUCGAUUCCAAACGCUGGUGGCCCAGGCCUGCGACAAGAGUGUCUACCGCGACUUGGUCAAAAUGGUGGGCGACACCAGCGAGGUGAAGCUGCGCAUUCGGGAGCGAUUCGUGGUCCAGAUCACGCCCGCUUUCAAGUGUUCCGGCAUCUGGCCGAGAUCGGCGGCCCACUGGCCGGUGCCCCAUCUACCCUGGCCUCAUCCCAAUAUCGUGGCGGAGGUCAAGACCGAGGGAUUCGACCUCUUGUCCAAGGAGAGCAUAGUCAUGCAGAACAAGAACAACAAUGCGGCCAGCAUGGAGGGCGAUGCCUGGGUCCUCAGCUUUUUCGAGGCCGAGAACAGGCUUCUGCAAGGUGGCUGUCGCCGGCGUUGUCUGAGCAUGCUGAAGACGCUGAGGGACAGGCACAUGGAGCUGCCCGGCAAUCCCAUCAGUGCGUACCACUUAAAGAACCUGCUGCUCUACGAGUGCGAGAAGCAUCCGCGGGACUUCGAGUGGGACGAGAGCUGCAUUGCGGACCGCAUCAACGGGAUCUUCCUGCAGCUGAUAUCCUGCCUGCAGUACCGCCGCUGUCCCCACUACUUCCUCCCUGGACUGGACAUGUUCAAGGGCAAGUCGCCCAGUGCUCUGGAGCAGGCCGCCAAACAGGUGUGGCGAUUGACCCGCGAGCUGCUCACCAAUGCCAACGCCUUCGAGAAGUUGUAAGGGGGCGUGGUCCGGGGCUUGGGAUGGGUCGAUUUUGGUGACGAAUAAUGCAUAUGUUUUUGUUAGGGAAAUAAUCUAUCAUCCGUUUUAUUUUGGUCCCUAAACAGCUAUUAUUGCCUUAAUUGAAGAUUGUUAUAAUUGUGUUUUUUAUUUAAAGGUAAUACACACAUAGUGUAAUAAAGUUUACCUUUAAUGGAUUUCAUUUCCUUGAGAGUUAGUUUUUCCUGAGUAAAAAAAGGGACUUUAACUAGAUAAGUGACUUUCCUCCAGUAUAAGUGUAUUCCCCUGUGUUUUCGCAGUCAUCCAAAUAUCGACCCAUCUGAAUGUGGGGAGUGUGUGUAUUGUGUGGGGUGCCAAGUCUGCCGGAGAUUCAAGAUAUAUAUACGAAUAUAUAUAUAUAUAGCUCCUUGGCGGCCAUUUUGUGCCAUGUCCGUGUGCCUGUGUUUGUCUGCGAGAGCGUGAGUGUGUGUGUGUGUGCGAAAGUGUUAAUGCGGAGAUGCGAGAUAAGUCCACUCCCCAUUUCGACUCCGACCCCGACUCGACUCGAUUUGCGAUAUAUAUCUGCCCAUCCAGGCGUUUCGGCUAAGCCUCGAAUAUUGUUUUUAAUAACUCGCCCCUCGACGCUCACGAUGCAUCCUUUGUUUGCCCAUCGAACAAUGAGCUCGCCAACUUCCAGAUCCCGGAUGGAAAAAAAAAAACGAAAAUCAAACAAAAAAAAAGAGCAUUUGGCCAGGCGGCUCCUUUUACACGGGCCACUCAACGUAUACGAUUGUUUCACAGUUCGCAGCAGAUCCUAGAUCAAAGCAAAAACGAAACACAAAAAAGGAACUAUACACAUAUAUCGCUUAAAAUAUGAGAGAGAGAUUCCAUUGAUGAUCGUUCCAAGUCCAACUUUACAUUGUUUUUUUAAUACCUAUAUAUAUAUACAUAUAUGUAUGUCGAUGUCUAUUAUGCGAUGCCUAACAUUUACCACGAUUAUCCACAGUUUGUUUUAAGUACAACAUAAUCCUAGAUUGCUUAAGUGAAAAGAAAUGUUUGAAUAAAUUCAAGAGUAGCCAAAGGCAA